ACGAGCACAAGGAUGGAGACGGUGGCGUGGAGCAGCUCGGUGAGGCGAAGCAGCGUUUCCUCCAUUGCUGCUCCCGACGCUGGAGGCGGAUCGGCAGGUGUGGUGGACGACUGCUCAGCCGGCGGUGCGGCGUCGUUGUCGGCCCGAGUUGGCUGCCCCGUCGCCGCUUGCUCUUCAACAUCGCCGUCAGGACUGAAGGAUGGAGACGGUGGCGUGGAGCAGCUCGGUGAGGCGAAGCAGCGUUUCCUCCAUUGCUGCUCCCGACGCUGGAGGCGGAUCGGCAGGUGUGGUGGACGACUGCUCAGCCGGCGGUGCGGCGUCGUUGUCGGCCCGAGUUGGCUGCCCCGUCGCCGCUUGCUCUUCAACAUCGCCGUCAGGACUGAAGACGCACAGGUUUUGAAGGACGACGAGACCCCGGACGUUCCACCUCCAACGGGGCCUGUCCCAGACACAACGGAAACCGAAAAUUCUUCUUCUUCUCCACAGCAACCACCUCCUGCUGAACAAUUCGGCGAGGCAACCAUGCGCGAGGGGAGGAGAGGGUCCGGCGUCGCGUACGCGGUCGGAGUCUCUCCCAUUUCGCUAAUGCUGUUUUCCUUGCGGUCUGUCACCCUGGUGUUACUGCGCUACAGGGGCACCCUAAUGUAUGUCUGUUGUUUUAAAUUCAUCUGCGCGUUGACGCCUACUCCCCCUUACCUUGUUAAUGCGUCUUAGACACCCUAAGCUUUAUUCAAAGGGAU